AUGGGUCGCUCGAUCACACCGCUCAGCCUCAAGCGCCCACCACCUUAUGACGCCCUGAAGAUAGGUGGCAGCAUGCCCCGAUCCACCUCCUCCGUUGCGCAUGCCGCCAAGAGCUCAGUUGGUCAGGAAGGGGGAGGCAAACUGAGUAACUCUUCUUCGGCCCACAGCUCCAUGCAGAAUAUGUCGCGUUCCCGCACCCCUACAAGCCCUCUCGAUGAACUCACCAACCUGUUUACUGGUGGCCGGAAUAUGCUAAAGAAGGGAUCGGGAGGGAGGAAGGUCAAGGAGUCCGCUGAAUGUGAGGCCAAGACCAGGAGCCACAGUACAGAACCUCUAUCUAGGCACGAGAGCAAAGCUCACCACGGAGGCAGCCAGGAGUCUCCCAAAUCCCAGGACUGGGAUGGGCCCUCCGGACAUUCACCCAACCCCACUGCCAUGCCCAGCCGCCUGGGACGCUCUUCUGUCAGCCCCACCAUGAUGCUGGGGAGUGGGGUCACAGAAUCCAAAGCGGUGUGUAAGCUGGGCCGGUCAGCCUCUACAUCGGGGGUUCCUUCCCCGUGCGGGACUCCCCAGCACCAGCCCUCCGAGCCCCAGCCAGGCUAUAGUCAGAUGAUCCCUCCCAUGCUGUGGGCUUGCGGAGACAACACCAUGAUGGAGAUGAUUGAGAAGAAGCGCAGCCUGUGUCAGGAGAUCAAGGCCCGCCGGGGGCCAGCAGACAACAACCUGUGUAAGCAGGACAGCAUGCCCAUCUUGCACAGCUGGAGGAAGAGCAGCAAUGGGACCAAGAAGUAUGGCGGCCCUCCCCCUUACUCCACACAGACCACCGUCUUCUGGGACACAGCUAUCUGACAGGAGUGAACCACCCUGUCCUGGGCCUUGUAACGGGCCUUGUUCAAAUGGAAGAACCAGGACUUGACCAGUAUGUCCAGGACUACCUAGACUUGACUAGUAAGAAACACAUUUUGUUUUCCGUUGCAAAACAUUUUAAAACGUUUCUGUUGCGUGCCCUAAUGAACACAACCCUGUCCUCAGACUCCUCCCCCUUCCUUUCACAAGCCAGAGAUGGGCAUUGAGCUGGUGACCAAUCAGAGCACAGGGAGACAAGAGUUCCCCCCCACCUCUCUGUUGUAGCAAUUCAAAUAUCUGGUAUAUCUCCCUGGUUUCGUAUUGCUAAUUUAUAUUUUAAAAAAGUGUACCUCAGUAAUUGUCUUAAUAUUGAAUAUGCUUAGUACAAUUAUAUAUUUUCUAAAGAUUAAAAAAUAAAAAAUAAUUUGGACAUUUUAGUCUACAGUUGUUAAAUGGUUUUUCAAACCUUGUCUUGGAUAUUUAUGUUGCAAGGACACUUGUCUGUGCGUUGGAGAAAAUAAUAUGUUGCCAAUACGUUGAGCCAAUUCAGUAAGAACACCAUGGUUUUUUAUACAAAAAAAUCUAAAGGAUAAAUGUUCUUAUAACGAUGAAAAAAGCACUAAUUUUAAAUUGAAUAUAUUUUGGCAUCUUGAAUUUAGAUGUUGUUGUAUUGGAAUGCUGUUGUGAACCAUUUGAAUGAUCCACAAUGUAGGUUUGGCUUGCUCCACUGCCCUAACAAUCACUAUGACCAUGUCCCGAUACUUAGGGCAAAUCUGCCAUAUCAUAUAGGGCCAGGACCAAAAGUAAUAUGGUAGCACCUCGGGGCAAAUCCUAUCAAAUCACUGGUCGGACAAAGAGACAAGGUAACAAUUUACUUGACAACCAGCGUCAUAACACGUUAUGACACGGUCUUAACAUGUCAUAUGUCAUAACAACUGAUGUAAUCUGUCAUAACCUGUCAUAAUAUAGUCAUAACACUAUCAUGACACAUGUUUUUUGUUGUGACAUUUAUUGCAUUAUUCUAUGGCUGGUUAUGACACCUACAUAAGUGUCAAACCCACAAAACCCACCACACAAGGCAAAACAUUCCAUUACACCAUAGCCUACUUGUCAACAGUAUAUUUAUGUUAUAUAACAUUUUCUGAAAUUGAACAUAUUAAAUUAUUAUUGUAAUUGCACACAAAUUAUUGUCAGACAUGCAGCUACCCCAAUGCUCUGUUGCUGAUGACUGGGAUGAAUGCAGGAGAAGAUUUCAGGAGCAGGAAAAGACAACUUCUUUAUGACUGAUUACUGUUUAUAUGAUUAUGAUGGUCAUAAUACCUCUUGACAGUGUCAUAAACUAUAUUUUCUUAAUCCAAGUAAAGUGACACAGGAAGGUCAUAAUGCUUCAUGACAGUGUCAAAAAGUGUAUUGUCUGCAAGUGAUUUAAAAUAUGAUGAAAAACAACAUGACUAUAAAUAAUGAAUUACGACAACAAAAAAAGCACUUAUUAAGAAACAAUCUUUCAAAUGAAAGGAACCUUCUUGGUAGGGAUUUUUGUUUUUAAAUAAAUGUGGGUUUUGAACGUCUUAUGUAUGUCAUAAAAUAAUGCAAUAUAUGUCACGUUUGUAAAUAUAUUGGUAAUGACAGUUUUAUGACAAGUUAUAUCAGCUAUUAUGGCAUAUUAUGACAUGGUCAUGACUGUGUCAUAAGGUAUUAUGAAGCUGCGUGUCAAGUAAAGUGUUACCGAGACAAGAAUAUAGGAGACAAGGAGAUAGGAGGGAAGGGUGCCAUUUAUUAAGAGUGUUGGGACAAGAUGGUUUGUACAGUACCCAACAUAAUCUUUUCACACGACUGAGUCCAGCCAAACUUCACUGCCCUGGCCUGCCCUGGUUACACAUCAACCAUAGUUGCUGGAACCGAGCUGUAAAGAACAAUGUGAAAACAAAAUGUUGACACUAGCAACUACGGUUCGGGUCUACACAAAAGUGUUUAAAAACUAUAAGAGAUUAUAAGAGAGUCAGUGACCCACAAUCACCGUGCCAGAGUGACUGACCGGGCAGUGGAAGACUCGGCCAUAGGGAUGGAGAUACUGUCAUGGUGUAUUUAAUAAAGGCAGUUAAGAUUAUCCACCUAUUCAGACAGGAACUAAGCUUGAAUUAAAAUUAUGUUAUGUCUUAUCUGAGUCUGGGGGUAUUUCUCUUGCCUCCAAAUGAAAACAAUUAUAGUGAGUUUGAACUUUCUAGUUCAAACACGUUUGAGU